AUGAGCUCCGCGAACGAGCCGCGCGUGGUGCCGGCGCAGCUCAGCUUCCUCGCCAUCUACAAUCCGGCGCUGGGCGACUCGGACGAGACGUUCCACCGGCAGAUUGUCUUCUACUACGCCAAAGCCGCGCGGGCGCGCGCACAGCAGGACGCCGCCGAGGAGAGCGAGGAGGAUGGCGAGAAGCUGCGGCAGACGGAGAACGAGAAGCUGCGGCGGACGGAGAACGAAGAGCUGCGGCAGGCGGAGAACGAGAAGCUGCGGCAGGCGGAGAACGAGAAGCUGCGGCAGGUCGGGCUGGCGCAGGGCAUGGUGGGCUUUGCGCGGUCGUUUGCCAGCGGCGAGAGCGUCGACUCGAUCGAGACGGAGAAGUCGCGGAUUGUGCUGCACGAGCUGGAGCGCGGGUGGUGGAUUCUCGCCUCGGUCGACCUCACGCAGCUGCCCGCCGCGAGCACGUCCAAGCAGUCUGAGCAGUCCGAGCAGCCGCCCGCCGUCGAGUACUCGAGCCGCGAAGUCAGCCCGCCCGCGCUGCUCGUCCAGCAGCUCGUCCGCGCGCACGGCGUCUUCACGCUGCACCACGGCGCCCCGCUCGCCCAGCUGCUCUCCCGCUACGGUCGCGCCAAGUUCUGCAGCAUCCUCGACACGUACUGGGCCCGCUUCUGCGCCGGCUGGGACGUCCUGCUGCACGCCAGCCCCGCUGUCGAUGUCUUCAACGGCCUCAAGCUGGCCGCCGGCGGCGAGCUGGGCGUCGGCGUCGGCGAGGAGGACUGGGGCAGCAGCGAGCGCGACGUGUUGGAGCACUUUGCCCGCCGCACCGAGGGGCUCGUCGACGUGCUUGUGUCGCGCUUCGGCGAGGCGUCGCCGGCCCAGCACGGGAACGGCGAGGUGGACGCGCGGCCGCGACACGCCGCGGCCGCCGAGCCGUGGCUUGGGGCCGGUGUGGACGCGGCCGCGACCGACGGCGUCGUCUUCUCGGGCGUGGGCGGGCUCAGUCGCGCGAGUCUGCGCGACGUGGCGCACUGGACCGAGUCCAUCUACCACUGCGGCGACCGCGCGUACGGCAUCCGCGACAAUCCCACGGCUGACCGCCGCCGCCGCCGCAGGAGAGGCCCCCUUGCGGUCGGGAGGAAGCCAGACCCGCCUGCAGAAGAAGCCGACCCGGCGACGGGCGACGCCCCACGCAUCCCCGCUCCCAUUGUCAGAGCCGUCGAGAGCUCGCUGGACAGGGCCUCGGAGGCCGUCGACCAGAGCGAGGGCGGCCGCGAGCCCGCCGCGAAGCAAGAGACAGGCGCCAUGCUCGCCUCACUCGGCGACACCGAGACGUGGAUGAAAUACAUGACGCUUGGCUACGGGACCGCGUGGGGCAACAAGAAGCAGACCGGACCUGCAAAGACUCCAGCCACAGAAGCACAGACACCAGCCACAAAAGCAAAGACUCCAGCCACAGAAGCAGAGCAGUCGCCCAACGCGAUGCGCUACAUCGAGCCCGCGCCGGACGUCGACCUGGCCGAGGAGAAGCGCAAAGCGCAGGUCCGCGCCGAGAACGACGGCUACUUCCUCGUCGGGCUAAAGGGCGACAUGGUCGAGGCGGACAUGGACGACGACAACGACGAGGGGAACUGGAAUGCCAGGAUCCAGCUGCGGACCGUCUACGUCCAGGCCAUCAACAAGCCGAGCAGCACCAGCGCCAGCGAGAGCGGCGAGACGCCCGCUGCCGAGGGCAACGUGACGAGCUGGACCGCGAGCCUGACACGCGAGACGAGCAGACUGCAGCCCGUGGUGUACAUUCACCGCCCCUUCAUAUACACCUUCCUGUUCGCGCACCACACGCCCUCGCUCACGCUGGCCAGCUUCUACCGCUCUCUGCACGCCUUCUUUGCCCCGCUGCACCGCUCCCUCGACCGCAACACAGCUCCGUCCCGCGUCGCGCAGCGCCUCCUCGCCGCCCGCGCCGCGCAGACGACAACCGCGACCACCGCUACCGCCGCCGCCACCCACGGCCCAAACACAUGGCCCAUCUACGACCUGGUCUGGGACCCGCGCACGCUGACGCUGCACAGCAGUCUGCCCAACAUCCCGGCCCCGGGGGCACUGAUGGCCGACGAGGGCUGGAGCAGACUCGAUGCGCUGAACGUGCACGCCCACAUCCUGAGCACCGUCGCCACCUCGCGCCGCAGCCGGAGCGAGAUCGAGCGCACCUGCAAGACCAGCCGCGGGUGGUGGGUCGUGUGGAUGCGGCUGCCGCCCUCGCAGCCCUCGGAGACUCGAGAUUUCGAUUCUGAUUCCGAUCCCGAGCAUGCUGGGACCCGCAGCGUGGCCUUUAACACGGACGAGCUGCGGGAAGCCUUCUUGAUUCGCAGAGCGAGGGACGGCGGCGAGUCGACGCAGCACAAGAGCGGCAGGAGUAUUGCGAGCGGCAUGUGGAGCGGCAUGGCCAUGGGCAUGGGCGCGAGCACACACCAGACCAUGGGCGGCAAGGCCGCCGGCUGGGGGCCCAAGGGCUUGGCCGAGGGGAUUGGCAUCGAUGCCAGGCGCUACGUGGACGAGUUGUUGAGUCUGAACCGGUAG